GCAAAGUGCUUGCCAAGAAGCCGGAGGGGUCUGACAAGCAUGUCAAGAUCAGAGAAGUCACCCUUCCAGAGGAUUUGCUUAGCCUGGGCUUCCGGCAGUUCAGGCCGAGGGGCUCUUCGGAUGAGAGAUACCCUCCCCUCGAUAGGGUCUUCGAAGGCGCCGGAGGUAACAAUAUGGAUGUUGGUUCCCUCUUCGCUUUGAAAAACGCGAAAGGGAAGAAGAAGGCCCCGGCGGGCGCUUCUGCCAGGGAGGGGCCCUCUCAAACUGCUGGCGCUGCUGCUGGCGCCGGAGGGUCCAAGGGUGCUGGGCCCGUUAAAAAGAAGAUUGCUGGAAAGGGGACCGAGCCCCCGGCCAAGAAGCCGAAGACCACC